AAUCACACCAUUCUUCAACCUCAUCAGCUCAAACAGUCUCAGCAUCAAAGCCAGUCUUCUCUUCACUCUCCAAUCCAAUCCAACUCCGGUUUCAAAGUAACCAGCACUUUCAACCCACCGUCAAAAUGAAGUUCUUCGCCAUCGCCGCUCUCGCUGCCACUGCUCUGGCCAUCCCCAACCCCCCUGCCCACAACGACUACGCCAGCAAGCAGGAUAUCGACCAGAAGCAGGCCAACACCGUUCAGUCGUGUGGUAAGGCCAAGCUCAGCUGCUGCGCCUCCGAGGACAAAACCCAGGAGGUGAACGCUGAAGCCGGCACCAAGCUCCUCGACCUCCUCGGCAACAAGGGCCUCGAAGGACUUCUCGGCAACUACAAGGGCUGCGAGCCUCUCGUUGAUGCCGAUGUUCUUAACAUCCCCGAGCUCAUUGACCAAGGAAAGUGCAACAACAACUUCGCCUGCUGCAACCAGAACGGUGACGGCAACGAGACCAACCAGUUCGGUCUUGUCAACGCCAACAUCCCUUGCAUUCCCGUCAAGGCUCUCUAGAUGAACCUGACUUGCCUGGGACUUGACUCGGCUGUGCUCCUGAGCCUGACCGACACAUAGGCAGACACUGUACCUUAGCUGCACAAUGGAUUGGAUUGGAUGUCAUUCGUUGGAUGGUUUCCAAGACGGCUUGUGCGAGGGAAAACUGUUUUGUCCUGUACCUAGUUCACUCAUUUUGUUUGUAUAUUUCCAGGUGCCUUUAUGAAGGUAGUGUGGAUAUCGCGUUGGAU